UAUAUAAUCGGCCAGCAGGUUCUUCGUUAACAAUUAUCAAUAAAUGAGCAUAGGAGAAGGAAAGUGGUCUCUUCAGGGCAUGACUGCCCUCGUCACUGGUGGAACCAGAGGCAUUGGUUAUGCAAUCAUAGAAGAGCUAGCUGGAUUUGGAGCAGAGGUGUACACUUGUUCCCGGAAUCAAAACGACGUCGAUGAGUGCGUGAAGAGAUGGAGGGAGAAAGGCCUCAAAGUCGCCGGAUCUGCCUGCGACAUAUCCUCACGGCAUCAAAGGGUGGAGUUGAUGGAAAAAGUCGCCAAUCACUUCAAUGGAAAACUCAACAUCUUGGUGAAUAAUGCUGGGACAAUAGUACCUAAGUACGCAAUAGAGUUGACAGCAGAAGAUUACACAAUUGUAAUGGGAACCAACUUUGAGGCUUCAUUCCACCUUUGUCAAUUGGCAUAUCCAUACCUCAAAGCUUCACAAAUGGGAAGCAUAGUUUUCAACUCCUCUGCCGCUGGAAUCUUGCCUGCCAUUAAAUCUACUCUCUAUUCCGCAUCCAAAGGAGCAACAAAUCAAGUGACAAAAAAUUUGGCAUGCGAGUGGGCCAAAGACAACAUUCGUGUUAACUCAGUUGCACCUGGGGUCAUCCAAACCAAGCUCCUUGAUGACGGCACUAGUGAGGCUGAAGUAUUAGAACAAAUCGGGCGCAUGAUCCGUCGGGCUCCGAUCAGCCGGCCAGGAGAGGUCGGAGAAGUUUCGUCACUGGUGGCAUUCCUUUGCUUGCCGGCUGCAUCAUAUAUCACCGGACAAACUAUCUGCGUUGAUGGUGGAUAUACCAUCACUGGUUUUCCAUAGAAAAUGGCAUUUUUUUUUGUUCUAACGUGAUAAUAAAUCUCUUUAUAUUCAUUGCAACGUGGUGUUUUAUAUAUUAGAAAUUGAAUAUUAAAAGAGGAAUAAUGUUAGCAUUACCAUGUGCUCAUUGUUUUAUGGAUGUUGUUGCUAAUUUGAAUAAUAAUGUUUGUACGUUUUCGAUGUUUUAUACUUUAA